AUGGAGCGGGGGCCGGUGGUGGGGGCAGGACCGGGGGCCAGGGCCCGAAUCCAGGCACUGCUGGACUGCCUGGUCAAGGUGCUGCUCUGGGUGGCCUCUGCCUUGCUGUACUUUGGAAGCGAACAGGCCGCCCGCCUUCUGGGCAGCCCCUGCUUACGGCGCCUCUACCAUGCCUGGCUGGCAGCAGUGGUCAUCUUUGGGCCGCUUCUGCAGUUCCAUGUCAACCCUCGGACUAUCUUCGCCAGCCACGGCAACUUCUUCAACAUAAAAUUUGUGAAUUCAGCCUGGGGCUGGACAUGCACCUUCUUAGGGGGCUUUGUGUUGCUGGUGGUGUUCCUGGCUACACGGCGCGUGGCAGUAACUGCCAGACACCUGAGCCGACUGGUGGUGGGGGCAGCCGUGUGGCGGGGAGCCGGCCGGGCCUUCCUGCUCAUCGAGGACCUGACUGGCUCCUGCUUCGAGCCACUGCCCCAGGGUCUGCUGCUCCACGAGCUGCCUGACCGCCGCAGCUGCCUGGCGGCCGGCCACCAGUGGCGAGGCUACACCGUCUCCUCCCACACCUUCCUGCUCACCUUUUGCUGCCUGCUCAUGGCAGAGGAAGCAGCUGUGUUCGCCAAGUACCUGGCCCAUGGGCUUCCUGCCGGCGCCCCACUGCGCCUUGUCUUCCUGCUGAACGUGCUGCUGCUGGGCCUCUGGAACUUCUUGCUGCUCUGUACCGUCAUCUAUUUCCACCAGUACACUCACAAGGUGGUAGGCGCCGCAGUGGGCACCUUCGCCUGGUACCUCACCUAUGGCAGCUGGUAUCAUCAGCCCUGGUCUCCAGGGAGCCCAGGCCAUGGGCUCUUCCCCCGUCCCCACUCCAGCCGCAAGCAUAACUGAAAGAAAUAAAAGCCAUCGGGCCUGGC